AUGGACGGAGAAACGGUUGAAGAAUUCGUUACCGACCUAGAAAGGCUCAGCAUGGAUUGUUCUUUUGGAGUUCUAAAGAACAGCCUAAUUAAAGAUCGAAUAAUAAGUGGAAUCCAAACUGAAAAAGGAAACGAAAGCAUUGUCAAGCUUUUAUUAGAUCACGGAGCUAAUCCAGCAGCAGUUGAUGAAAUUGGCCAUACACUUUUGCAUUUAGCAACUAAAUCUAAUUCUUUGUCGAUAGUUAAACAUCUUUUAAACAGUGGAUGCAUUCUUAAAUCUAUGUUCAGUUCAGCAGAUAAAGGUUAUACUCCAAUUCAUAUUGCUGCUGAAAAUGGUCAAGAAGACAUUGUGAAACUAUUUUUAGAAAAACGAUUAUCUGCUGAUUGUCAGACAAAGAACGGGGUUUCCCCUAUUCAUCUUGCAGCUCAGAAGGGUCAUAAAGGAAUCGUUCUGCUCCUUUCAAAAUAUGGAUCUACGUCCGCAGAAGUAGGACAGAGAAUUAUUCAGUCACCUUUGUUUUUUGCUGCUGAGAUUGGAAACUUUGAAGUUGUUGAGAUUCUCUCCGAAAACACUGCUCGUGCUGCAGAAUGGAAUGAGGCUUAUCCUGCGUUGUACGAGUAUAUAGCGUCUUAUCAUGGACAUGAAAACGUUGUCAGAAUUCUUCUACAAAAAGGUGCUGAUUCCAAUUUUUCGUUUGAAAAAUGUUUGCCAUCAUUACACGCUGCUGCACAACAAGGACGGGAUAAAGUAGCAGAAAUUCUGGUGGAACAUGGAGCCAAAAUUAAUUGUAAAGUAGAAACAAAAUCUGGAAACCAUUCAGGCCUCGCUGAAACUGAUGAACAUUUCUCCACAUCUCUUCUCGCUGCUGCUCGUGGUGGACAUGCCAGAAUGGCGGAAUUUCUUCUACAAAAAGGCGCCGACGUGAAAUCGCAACUCCGUUCAACAGUGGAGUCUGGAAAACCAGACGUAGUCAACCUACUUUUAAAAUGUGGAGCUGAUGUUAAUUCAAAAUUUAAAAACCAUUCAACACCCCUUGCUCUUGCUAUUGAAUUAGAAAAUGAGUCCAUCGUCGAGGUUCUUUUAAAAGCAGAUACAGAUCCAAGCAUUCAGAAUACAAACUAUCGAGCUGUGGUCGUCGCAAUUACAAACAAAAACGUAGAAAUUGUCGAUCUUCUUCUAAACUACAAAGCUGCUAUAAAUUUCAUCUUCAAUUAUAAUCCCAAAUGUUUCAUGUAUUCAAAGCAUUUUGAUGGAUUCACACCUCUGCACAUAGCAAUUUCGGAAAAAAGUGUUGAGAUUGUUGAACUGCUUUUAAAAAAGGGAGCCUCUAUCGAAAUUAAUACCGAGCAAGAUUUACCUUUGCAUACUGCAAUCGAAAAUGGAGAUAUGGAGAUUGUGAAUAAGCUGCUAGAAUACGGUGUAAAGAUUGACUCUGUUUGCAAGAAAACACUGACGCCAUUCUUUCAUUCUGUUAAAUGCAACAAGAAAGAAUGUUUGAAAAUACUACUGAAGAAAGGAGCAUGUGUUGAAUCGAAAACUGUGAUGGAACGUCUCUACUCCACUUUGCUGUUGAUAAUAAAGCUGAUACAGACAUGA